AUGCCAACCAGGAUCUUCUUCGGUCGUCUUCCGUUCCGCACAACUGAACGUGAUAUUGAACAUUUUUGCCGCGGUUUUGGUACAAUCAAUGAUGUCAUCCUCAAGAAAGGAUUCGGAUUCGUUGUAGGCCAUUCUAAUUAUUUUUAUCGCAUUUUAGGCAGGUGACCUUCUUAUGAUGCUAAUUUUAGGAUUUCGAAAACCCCAGAGAUGCCGAAGAUGUUGUCUACGAGUUGAAUGGCAAAGAAUUACUCGGUUCUCGAAUUGUUGUUGAAAACUGCAAGCCUGGCCACAAACCGUUCGCCUCCGGCGGAUCUUCUAGAGGUGGCGGCCGUGAUCGGGACCGUGAUCGCGAUUACCGCGGCGGAGAUAGAGGAGAUCGGGAUCGUCGUCAACCCAAAUGGCUCAGUAAAUAUGGACCUCCAGAGCAGACUCGUCAUCGUUUGGUUGUGGAGAACCUGUCGACCCGAUGUUCGUGGCAGGUAUGUAUUGUCUUGAUAGAUUAUCUUCCUUUUCUAACGUUUUAGUUUCUAGAUGGUGUUACUCUGAUACUUGUGUGUGUUGCUGUAAUGUCAAUCUGUCUUUAACAAUAGCUUAUGUUAGAUCCUAAGAAAUCGCUUGGUUUUUUAAGGCCGUUUAAAGAACUGAAGAGAUGUAAGAGAAAAAAGAUGUGAGGUGUAGAGGUGUAAAGAUGUGAAAGUAGUGAAGGGAAGAGAAAAGAACAAACAUUGAAGAUCGUUUGAAGAUUCUUUAUGAAGAUUUGUUGUUUAGGACCUGAAAGACAUGAUGAGAGCCAUCGGUGAAGUUACUUACGCACAUGCCCACAAACCUGAGAGAAAUACUGCGUAAGUUGCUGUUGUCUUUGUAAGAUUGUUUUGAUUCUAGUCUGGUCUGCUUUACAAGAGCCGAUGAUGUGAAGAGAGCGAUUGAAAAAUUCCAAGGAAAGGAGAUCAAUGGACGGAAGAUCAAGCUUAUCGAUGACACCCGCAGGUAUGUUGACAUUUCUGCAUUAUGCGAUGUUACCAAGGAUAAUUAUAGUAAAAUAUUUUCAGUGUUUCGCGUUCUCGCAGCCGUUCUCGGUCGAGAUCACCUCGCAGAUCUCCAUCCCCAAGAAGUAGAUCUCGCUCGCCCAUCGAGCGUUCCCGCAGCCGCUCCUGA